AUGGACGAAGAGGCAAUCGAGCGCCUGAAGAGGCUUCAAAUGGAGGACCUUGGGACGCUUAGAAGAGAGUAUAUCUCGACUGUUGACACCAAGAAGUUCAAGAAUAUUCGCUUGGAGGAUAUCGAAGCCGCGCGAAUGAUAUAUGUUGCUGGAUCAGACGCUGCGCGUCUGGCCCAAGCGAAUCAAGCACGCCUUAACGCUUGGGCAAAUGCACACAAGGAUUUAGGCGACCCGGCUGAUCAAGAGCCUUUAGACCAUCUUCUGAACGGCCAGAGCCACCGUCUUGGACUGCGCGCCGUGAUAGAAGGGAGUGGUGGCCAGUCUUACUCAACAACCACCAAGAAGAAUGAUAGUUUCCCUCAGGUUGCGGGCCGUGCUCCGAGCGGCCGCUCUGCAUCAACGAGAGGCUCCAAAACAACCGGCCGUGGCGGUGGUGUCAUCGGUACAAGAGGUCGUGAAACAAAGCAGACCUCGCCAAACGCUCAGACAAGAGUCACACACCAAGGCGCCGUCGCAAAGCUGGGCAACCAUGUGGUCCAGUCCCCUCACGCCAGGAAGCACCUGCAGGAUCCUGCUCUUGAUAUCAAUAAUGAGCCGCCGAAGAAGGGUAGGGAUGUAUCUGCCUCGAAGUCGCAAACAGUUGUUAAAGGUGGCGCGAAAAGAGACCUCGUUUUUCUCAAAACUAGACGGCCUACUGCUAACACCGAUUGGUCAAGAGUCCUCAGCCCUCCUGAAGACUUCCUUUCUAUCGCGCGCGGUUGUCUGGUCAAUGGGAGGGCUUCGAAUGUCCCAAUAACUGUUCGUACCACGGGUUCUGAACAGACUGAAGUCACAGGGGCCGUUGAUCACGAAACUCCCCAAUCUAUCAACCAACCUGAGGAGGCCAAUGCGGGCCGAGCAUACGAGGACUCCAUCGUUUCUUUCCGUUCAGACGCGGACUCAGUGGCAGUCGCUACGCCUGUGUCCUCUAAUAAUGAUCAAACAUCUCGGGUAAGCAUAGCCCAGGCAGCUCAUACAGCGAGUGAAAGGAACCAGCGGUUUGAGCCCAGCAGACUACAAUCUCCACAGCAAGGGAGACCGCAGCACGUCAAAUCCACCUCCGAACAAUCAGACGACAAAGCUCAAGCUGGAAAGCAAAACCAAGACAACGCGCUUGUUGAUGUCUCAACACCGCCGUCCGGCUCAACUACAAUCGUCCAGAGCAAAGAUCUCUACUCUGCUAAUGUCCAAGCCGAGGGGAAGACUGGAAUUCUCCUUGACUUCAAUUCCACUCCUCCAAGGAAGAGUCUCCCGGGCACGGAAGAUAGUUUGUCGAUGAGCCCAGCCCUGCAAGAUUUGGAAGGCAUCAAUUUUCAAGCAAAUGUUGCACAAAGUCUUCUUUCGAGGCCAGAAUCGCGGCCAGAAACGCAGAUAUACUCUUUCAUUAAGACUGAGCCAGUCGGUUCGAGGAACUCUUCCAGCCCAAGGAUCGGGGAAAGCAGUGAGGAUACGAUGACCUCUACGCCUGACGGUACACCAUCUGAUCUAGCUGCCCUCCGAGAAAAGCUCGCACGCCUUUGCAAAUUUGUGGAGGAAACAUUGCGCCACCAUGUGCCUGAGCCUCUCCGAGAUAUGGACUUGCAAGCUCUCAGGAAGUACGAACAAGAGCUCAAAGAGAUACUUUCCUUGCACCAACGAACGGUGCAGGAGACUGCCUCACAGACUGUCGGAAAGCGACAGGAAAUUCUCUCAUCUCACAAACCUGGGGAAACGGAAGCUGAAACAGCCGUGGAAGGAAAACAUUCCAAGAUACCCCCCCCCACACCGUCGGUCUGUUCUGCUCCGGUGAAAGCUCCUGUUGAGGAAGGCAAUAGUAGACUUAGUCUGCGUUCCGAGGACACACCUAGUCCGUCUAAAUUCAAUGUGCAAGCGAAGGAAUUCGUCCCAACGGUUGCUGCCAGGAAUCCCAGUUUCUGUGGCUGGCGAGAUACUAAGCCUAGCCCUCCAAGCUCAACAACCUCCGAGUCACGAACUGGACAGUCACAACAUUCUCGCCAGAAUAGUCAAGUUCAUAUGCUUAUUGAUUCGACUGCUUCCGUUUCUUCACGAUUCACAUCUCAGCUCCCACCGCGCGGACGUCAGGCCAGUGAGAAUCAUAUCUUUGGUGAUCAUUUAUUGCCCGGUAGGGGAAGACUCAACGGUAAGACACAUGGGAACGAAGCAUUAUUAUCAGAUAAGAACGCGUUGAAGGAGCCGGAUGAUACUUGUCCGAGAUUCUUGACACCAACAAUGCCACAAGCCCUUACUGUGCCUAGAGCAAGACCUUCCGUCCCUGAAAGCAUAAACACGCAUGGAACAUCGAACUCGGAAUCUGCCAAAUCCACUAGUGCGUCGUGCAGUAUCUAUGAGCCUUCUCCGAGACCUGUCGGGUUGGCAACCUCUGCGCCAGGGACUGGAUCUAAUGGUGUGAAGUCAAAUUCAGACUCAGGCCCAUCUACUCCUACUCCUGUGCCCAAGGCAGUCAAAGCGGUGCAUAAAGCUAUUCCGAAGGUGAGCGCUAUUUCGCAGGUGAAUGCAUUGCAACGGUCCAUGCAUGCUCCAAACGUGCAAGAGAAUCCCACGGUCAUGAAAAGUCUGAGCCCCUCAACAUUGGGGGGCCUCAGAGGCUCGAUCUACACAACCCUCGUGGUGCAAAAGCCUACUGUUGCAGCACCUGAGAAUCGCAAGUCUAGUGGCCUUCUGGGCUCGAGAUGGGCAAGCUCUGAGACUCAAAAACCACUACGUUGA